AUGUUGGGCCCUUCAUCCGUCCUGUCUUUGCUCGCGUUGGCUUCUACAGCCUUCAGUGCUCCAAGCGGAAAUAUUGAGAAACGUGCGCCAACUGUCUAUCUCGCUGGAGACUCGACUAUGGCAAAGGCCAGCGGUGGGGCGGGUACCCUUCAAGGCUGGGGUGUCUACCUCCCAUACUCAUUGUCUGUUUCCAUUGUGAACAAAGCUAUCGGCGGCCGCAGUUCUCGCUCCUACACUGUGGAGGGACGCUUCACCGACAUUGUCAACACAGUCAAGGCGAACGACAUCGUCAUUAUUGAGUUCGGGCACAACGACGGCGGUUCAUUGACCCCCACCGACAACGGCCACUCUGUGUGCUCUGGUGCUUCUACCCAGACUUGCCAGUCCACGUACAACGGUGUUGCUACUACCGUGUAUACCUACCCAUUUUACCUGAUCCAGGCCGGUAAGGCACUGAUCGCAAAGGGUGCCAAAGUCAUCAUCAGCAGCCCGACUCCCAACAACCCUUGGGAAUCCGGUACCUUCACCUACAGCGGCAGCCGCUUCGUCGACUACAGUAAGAGCGUCGCUGCUACCCUCGGUUCGGAUGCUUUCUACGUUGACCACGGUGCAUAUGCAGCCGAUGCCUGGAAGACACUAGGCAAGGCAAAGACUGACGCUUACUUCGUCUCCGGCGAUCACACACAUACCCUUCCUAUCGGUGCUGAUGUCGUUGCUAAGUCUUUCGUCAAGGGUUUGCAGUGUGCUGGAGGUGGUUUCCUCGGCGAAUUCGUUAAGAACAGCACCGCCAGCAUUACUGGAAAGUGCUUGUAG